GAAUUGCCAAAGCGAAACCGGCGACCAUUUUAGCGUCAUUGUAGAGAGUUUCUUCGUUGCUGUUAUCCUUUUCGAAAGCAGUUUUAAAAGGAAAUCGCAAACUAUGGCUUCGGAAGAUCGGGCCGGGAACCUACGUUCGAUGGCGAUCUGCAGAUUCUGUUUAGACGACAAAGCCCCUCUCGUCAACAUCUACGAACACGACGGAAAAUCCGUUCCAUUACCGCUUCAAAUAAUGGCUUGUGUAGCCCUAGAGGUGUUUAAAAACGAUGGAAUGCCUCAACUUAUUUGCGAUAAGUGCAAAACUCACACUCAACAAGCGUAUAAUUUCAAAGCAACCUGUAAAAAAUCAGAUGACGCGCUUAAAUCGUAUUUGGCUACAGGUGAUUUGAGGAAUUUGCAGAAAAUUUCAUUGAAGGAUCUUAAAUUACAGGUUGUUGCUAAAAAGCGGCAAAUUUCCCAAGAACCAUCAACAUCUUCCGAAUCAACUUUUUUGGCGCAAAAGCGACCAAAACCGGAAAUAGUAUCUCCCAUAAAACCUAAUAAUCAAAGCCAAAUCGAAGAAGAAACUUCGCAAUCACCACCCAUCGAAUUUGAAGUUACUUCGUUAUGUUGCGAUGGAAGUCCCCGUUCCGAUACCAACCUUCAACAAGAAGAUGAAGAUGAUGAAGGCGAAGAAGAAGGUGACGACGAAGACAACAUUAACCCGAUUUUAAAAGUAACUCAAGUUAAAACCGACGUUUUUCCUUGCGAUCAAUGUGAACGAUCGUUUCCAUUAAAACAACUUUUAGAGUUACAUAUGAGAAAUCACGAACGCGAACGAGGUUAUAAAUGCUCAAUAUGUAACCGAAAGUUUUUCACGAAAAAUGAUUUAGGCAAACAUAUCCAAACACAUUCGAAUAAUAAGCCAUUUGAGUGUGUUGUUUGUAAUAAGUCGUUUUCUCGAGAAGCAUUGUUACAAAGACAUGAAAGAACUCACGUCGACGUUCCUAAAUAUUUAUGUACAACUUGCGAUCGAACGUUUUUGACACGCGAUGAUUUAGACUGUCAUGUUGUGAAACACAAUAAAAAGAGGCCGUACACUUGUGGUAUUUGCAAUAAAAGUUUCGUUUUUAAACAAGGUUUAGAGCGCCAUGAAGUAACUCACGCGGAAGAAAAACCACAUAAAUGUAAUUAUUGCGAGGCGAGUUUUACAUCCCCCAUUAAAUUAAUGAGGCACAUUACAACGCACGCGGGAUUAAGACCAUACCCCUGCAAAGUUUGUGGGAGAACGUUUUUGUUGUCGCAUCACCUUACGAGACAUAUGAGGAGUCAUUACUCAUCGCGAAAUGACAAUCAACCCGUGGGACAACAUAAAUGCGAUUUGUGCUCAAUGUCGUUUAAGCGAAAAGAUUCUUUGAUUAAUCACAGCACGAUACACUCAAUGGUUAAUUUAAAAUGCGUUAUUUGUAACACCAGCUUUGAAAACGCCAAACAAGUUAUGAACCAUAUCACCACACACCUCUCAGGGUUACCAUAUCAUUGCGAUAAAUGCGAUUACUCAUUCGAAACGCAAGAUCAACUCGAAGAGCACGAAAUAAAACACGCAGAAAUGGAGUACGAAGAACAAAUCGAGCAAGAAGUGUCUCAAGAAGAAGCUAAUAAAAUCGCCAGGGGGGACGAUGAAGACGAAGAAGAAGACGACGACGUCGUUGAGUUCACAAUAACAAACACGGAGGACGCCGAGAUUGUGCGAAGACCUCAACGAACGAAUAAAAUAAAAAAUUACGCCCAAUUUCUAAAGGACGAGUUAGGCUCUGAUGUUGAAGAUGAAAUAAUUAAGGAAGGGAAUGAUGAGGAUGACGAUGAGGAGGAAAUCGGGGAGGAAAUGGAGGAAGAAAAUUUAGACGAAAAAACUCAAAAGAUGAAUCAAAAGAAUCAAAAACACGAUAUAAAACCGAUCGUAAGAAGCGAAGGGACGAAAGUGUAUACGAGAAAAUCUUCCACGUUAAUUGAAAAACCAAAAAAUACCCAAGAAGAUUCAUCUCAAAACUCCGAAAAUUCUCAAAAUUCCCAAAAAAAUUCGUCUCAAGAAUCAACAGAAUCGAAUCAAAUGACGAUUGAAAAUCUUGGAUUAACCGUGCAAGAUUUGCAAUCACUCCCGAAUAAGCAAUACGUCGAUAUGAAAAUAGGCGAUAAAACGUUGAGGGUGCAAAAAUUGAUGAUGACCAAAGCUGAAAUUGAGGCGAUGGCGAAACAGGGAAAAAUUGAGAUGAAAGGGGAUACGAUUUUGUUGAGGAAAACCGUUCAAAAACCGAUGCCGUUGAGACACACGAUGGAAACGAUUAUCGAUCAAAAUCCUAAACCGACCGUUCAUAAACCGGUUGUGAAGAAAACGUAUGUUAAAAAAGUUCAUAGUGUCCCAAAAAUUGUUAAAGAUGAAAGUGUGGGUGGGAAUGAGGGGGAUAAUGGUAGUCAAGGGGGGGAAGAGGUUAUUGGUGAUUAAAUUACAUAUUGUUAAGUUAAGAAAGAGAAAUAAGUUAAGUAUUUGAAUUAAGAUUUAUUAUUUUUUUGAAACAGAUUUUUUGAUUUAUUUAGAUUUAUGCUUUAUUGAUGU